GGCGGCCCCGCGAGCGGGCGGGCGCGGUGGCGGGGCGCUCGCGCACGUGAUGCUAAAAGGAUUGUUAGUUAUACAUGAUUGGUGACAUCGUAGAAACUAAGCAAUGCCAACUAAAAGAUCCCAUGGAUUUGUUUCAUUCUGGACAAGUUGUAAAAAUAUGUGCCCCUAUGGUCCGUUAUUCAAAGUUGGCUUUCAGAACCUUGGUUAGGAAAUACGGUUGCGAUUUGUGUUACACACCAAUGAUAGUGGCAGCUGAUUUUGUGAGAUCUGCAAAAGCUAGAGACAGUGAAUUCACAACAAACAAAGGUGAUCAUCCAUUGAUUGUUCAAUUUGCUGCUAAAGAAGCACAGGUUUUGUGUGAUGCUGCCCGUAUCGUCUGUCCUUUUGCAGAUGGAAUAGACCUAAACUGUGGCUGUCCUCAGAGAUGGGCGAUGGCAGAAGGUUAUGGUGCUUGCUUAAUAAAUAAACCAGAACUAGUUCGAGAUAUGGUGAGACAUGUACGGAAUCAGAUCGACAACCCUAGAUUUUCAGUAUCUAUUAAAAUAAGGAUCCAUGAGGACUUAAAAAGAACAGUUGACCUGUGUCAAAAAGCUGAAGCAACUGGAGUUUCAUGGAUUACAGUACAUGGGAGAAGUGUGGAAGAAAGACAUCAGCCUGUACAUUAUGAUGCAAUUAAAAUAAUUAAACAAAGCAUGUCUAUACCUAUUGUGGCUAAUGGAGACAUUAAAACUUUAAAAGAUGCUGAAAAUGUUCAUCACUUGACAGGAGCAGAUGGUAAGACUAAACAGAUGACUUUCCAGUGGACAGCGGUUGCCGCUUUUCUGUACGGUGAAGUGGGAGUAAUUCUCGUGCUCUGCCUGCCGUUUAUUUCUCCGCUGAGAUGGCAGAAGAUUUUUAUGAUUCCUCUAUGGAGCAAAAUGGCAGUUUUUUGGAACAAGAUGUUCCUUACAAUAAUAGUUUUACUGAUCGUCUUGUUUCUUGAUGCUGUUAGAGAAGUUAGGAAGUACUCGGCCAUUCAUGUGAAUGAGAAGGUUGCAAAUGUCAAUACCAAUGCCUUUGAUCAUAUUCAGAUGAAACUCUUCCGAUCACAAAGAAACCUCUAUCUCUCAGGUUUUUCCUUAUUUUUUUGGCUUGUGUUGAGACGUACUGUUACCCUUCUUACUCAGUUGGCAAAAGGGAUGACAUCUCAUGCAGCUCUGGAAACACAAGUAAACGAUGCUACUGAAGCAGCCAAAAAAUACAUGGCCGAGAAUGAAAGGCUGCAGGAGGCCUUGAGUGCAAAAGGAAGCAGUAAAAGGAAAGAGUCAGCAGAAGCAACUGAUGAAAAGUUGAAGAAGGAAGUUGAACAUUUGAAAGCAGAGCUACAGAAGACAUCAAAUGCUUUCCACAAGGCAAAAAAUGAAGUGACUGCAGUUAAAAAGCAGUCUGAAGGCCUUAAAAGAGAAUACGAUAAUCUGAUGAAAGAAUAUGAACGACUUCAGGGCAGUUUAAAUGAAGCAGAAGACAAGAAAGACCUGUAGGUGCAUCUAAGACAGACGGCAUCAGUACAGUUGCUUCAGUGUGAAAAGGGUCAUGCUGUUUAGGCUCCUGAUGCAUACCUGAAACAAAACUUGAUUUUUCUGAAAAGCACAUGCGCUGCAGGUCACUAUUCAGAUUCCUCUAAUAUAUCUUGGUUGCCAAAAUAUUCUGUGUUGCAAAUAAAAUGCUAAGCGGCUUACCUGAUGUACCAUGGAGUUUGUCACUGCUCUUGUGAGGAGAAACUCAAAAAUCUUUCAAUUCCAUCUGGACCAACUUGACUGUUCUCCAAGCUUUUGCCUUCCAGAAUGGUAACACAUCACGCACCACUUGCUUGUAGCUUUUGAGCAAGGUUGUAUAUCACACUAUAUCAUAAAAACAAAAUUACCCAAACCUCCUUUGCAACACCUGUUUGGAGUCUUCAAAAAUUCAGUUACCAGUGGGUUGAAGAAGGCUGAAAGCUUUUCAUCAGCCAUUCCACUUCAGUGGAAAACUGAAUGACAAUCAAUCUAAGGAAAAUAAAGAAAGAAGGAAAACUGCAAUUCUAAGUGCUUCUCACUAGCUUGUGACUUUCACUUAGCCACAUGGAUGAGUGUUUUGUGACAAAUAAUAUUUUGCAUGCCUCUGGUUUAUUUUUCUUUAAUAUACUGGGUUAUUUCAGUUUUCAUAACCAAAGUUUUGGGUUGGUUAGUACUAACAUUCUGUAUUUUUACCCUGUUUACAUCUGUUCACUCCGUAUGUGCCACCUAACUUCUUUUGCCUUGCUAAGUAAAAAAUUCUUUUUAAAUGUAGAUACUUGGGUUUGUUUUGGUUUUGUUUUCAUGGAUACGAUACCUUGAAUAAAUGUGCACUGUUUUGCAUAAGCCCUUUUUGGCAUUCAGAAAGUUGUUUUGAGUUUCUUUUUUUGUUAGUUGGUUCCAGUUUAUAUUUGAAAGUUGGAUAUGUUUGUUAUAUUAAAGGGAUUGUUUAAGUUCA